CAAAGCAGGAAGCAGUUUAUGAUUGUUGGUUCCUGCAGAGAGACUCCCAGACGAUCAGAUUCACCUUCAGACCAAACUAGCAGCUUCCUCUGAGUGAGUCCAGCUGCAGGAGAGAAAAGUGGAAACCUCCAACACUGCUGCUUCAAGCUGCUCACACUCCACACACUGAAGCUUCACUCAGAGACUAAAUGGCUUCCAGGUUAGAGGAGGAUCUCUGCUGUCCGGUCUGUCAGGACGUCUUUAAGGAUCCAGUUCUUCUGUCAUGUAGCCACAGCUUCUGCAAGAAGUGUCUGAAGAACUGCUGGAGAGUAAGAACUGGACGCUCAUGUCCUGUUUGUAGGAAAAUAUCCACAACAGAUGAUCCUCCAAUAAGUCUAACUCUGAAGAACCUGUGUGAGAUCUUCUCACGGGAGAGAGAGCAGGAAGCUUCAGAGGAUCUCUGCAGUCUGCACUCUGAGAAACUCAAGCUCUUCUGUCUGGACCAUCAGCAGCCAGUGUGUCUCGUCUGCAGAGAUUCAAAAAUCCACAGAAGUCACAGCUUUGCUUCCAUAGAUGAAGCUGCAGAGUAUCACAGAAUUAGCCUUUAUGUAUCUCAAGUAACAUUAAAAAAGAAGCUGAAGCUUAGGAAGAAAGUUCAGGAGGAGUUUGAUCAGACAGCAGAACACAUGAAGGUCCAGGCCCGACACACAGAGAGGCUGAUUAAGGAGCAGUUUAAGAAGCUUCAUCAGUUUCUAGCAGAGGAAGAGGAGGCCAGGCUGGCUGCACUGAGGGAGGAAGAGGAGCAGAAGAGAGGGAUGAUGAAGGAGAAGAUGGAGGCUCUGAGCAGAGAGAUAGCAGCUCUUUCAGACACAGUCAGAGCCACAGAGGAGGAGCUGAGAGCUGAAGACGUCUCAUUCCUGCACAACUACAAGGCUGCAGUGGAAAGAGUCCAGCGCUGCCCCCUGCUGGAGGAUCCACAGCUGCCCUCAGGAGCUCUGAUAGACCAGGCCAAACAUCUGGGCAACCUGGCCUUCAACAUCUGGAGCAACAUGAAGAACAUGGUGUCCUACACUCCUCUCAUCCUGGACCCAAACACUUCUCAUCUAGAUCUCAUCCUGUCUGAAGAUCUGACCAGUGGGACUGGAGGAAAGAAACAGAAGGUUCCUGAUAAUCCAGAGAGGUUUGAUUUGUCCUGUUCUGUCCUGAGUUCUGAGGGCUUUAACUCAGGGAACCACAGCUGGGAUGUUGAUGUUGGAGACAGUGAGCAUUGGGCACUUGCUGUGUUAUCAGAGUCUGUUCAGAGGAAGGGAGCUGUAGAUUCGGGAUGGUUGGUUUUAGGGUUUGAUGAGGGUAAAUACUCAGCAGAGUCUCCAGCAGCCCAUUCCACAGAUAUCUCAGUCCAGAAGAAGCUCCAGAGGAUCAGAGUGAAUCUGGACUGGGACAGAGGAAAGCUGUCCUUCUCUGAUCUGGACACUAACACACACAUACACACCUUCACACACACCUUCACUGACAAGAUGUUUCCAUGGUUCUCUACUCUGGAUAAAAUAAAAAUCUUACCCAUGAAGAUCUCAGUGAGCAAACCGCAGCUCUGAUGUUCUCAGCAUGAAGAACACAAAGUCCAAAUGAAACCUCAUUGAUCUGAUUGAAACUCAGUCUUUGAAACAGGAAACUGGAGAUGAUCUGAUCUGAUCUGACUGAUCAUCUGGUUGUUUUCAGGUCAGUUUCAGAUCUGCUUCAUAAUCUGUCCAGAUGCUUCAAACUAAGACAUGAAGUGGAUGAUAUGGAGUUUAGUUUGGUUCUGACAGCAGAUCCAGGUGUGCUGAUCAUGAACAGGGAACAGGUGAGGUUAGUGGAGACAUCAGGACCCUGGAGAGCUCUGCUGAUGGAAACAAACUGAGAUCCAAACAUCCAGACUGAUGAA